AUGGAUGCAGGUUCUUUGAUAAGAAGUGGUAUAUGUAUAUCUAAGUAUUCUGAACUUGAAUUCACAAAGACAAAUAUUGGUUCUCAGAGACUUAAGGAUUCGGAUCCUAAACAAUUUUCAGUUUCCUUGAAAAGCGGAUUCAAGGGAAUGACAUCUAAUUGCAGGCACAAUCCUCUAACAGCACAAGAACUCGUCGAUAAGCUUUUAAGUGCAGGCGAUAAACUCGUCGUGAUUGAUUUUUACUCUCCUGGUUGUGGAGGUUGUAGAGCUUUGCACCCAAAGAUUUGCCAGAUUGCGGAUUUGAAUCAAAAUGCAAUUUUUCUGAAAGUAAACUAUGAAGAACUUGGUGUUAUGUGCACUAGCCUCAACACUCCUGUCCUCCCCUUCUUUAGAUUUUACCGAGGAGCUGAAGGUACACUUUGCAGCUUCAGCUGCACAAAUGCAACCAUCAAGAAAUUCAAAGACGCACUUGAAAAGCAUGGUACGGAUAGGUGUAGUCUUGGACCAGCUAAAGGUUUGGAAGAAGCUGAGCUAUUAAGACUAGCUUCAAACAAACAGAUCUCACUCAAUUUUCCGCCAAUGAAUUACGAAGAGGCACUGCACAAUUUGUUCGAAACAAAAUUGGAAGAUUUUACCUCUUCGAUCAUUCAAAGAUAAUGCGGGAUAGUCAUAUAGUAUAAGAUUAAGAGAUGUUAUGAUUAGGCUGGCAGAAGUUGGCCAUAAAGUUAAU